UGAAUGAAAAAACCCAACAAAUGGGUUUGCUGGUAUACUGGAAUUUGGAACUCUGAACAGAAAAAUCAGGACAUUUUCUAUCACCAGAAUUCCAGAAUUUGAUUCUCCAUUAUCCAUGGAGGAAAGCAAUCCGCCCGCCGCUGCCACUGCCACCGCCUGUACUACCUUCUCCGACGAUACUUCGGAUUUAGCCAUCCAACGCAAGCAUGCGGCAAUGCUAGAACGCCUCUCCAACCUUCAUCAGUCGCGGCUGGCUCGUAAACCCGAUUCAGACCCGAACUCAGCUCCAGAUUCAACCCAAUCCUUCCUCUCUCGUUUCUCUGAAUCCAAACAAUCAAUUGAUUUGGAACUAUCUCGGAUCCACACAACCCGAGACCCUCAAUCCGACCCAAAUCUCAAAUCGGAACUGGACAAGGUCUCAACUUCAAUCGCUGCUCUCGAAAAGCAAGUCGCCGAGAGCUCCUACUUCUUGCCCUCCUACGAAGUCCGUGCGUGCCUCAAAACCAUCUCCGAUCUCAGGCAAACCCUUGAGCAGGUUAGCUCUACUGUCAUACCGAAGAAAAAAUUCUCAUUUCGAAACAAAGCAACAAAGAAAGUCACAACAUCCAAUGCUGUCAUUCGGGAAGCCCCGUCUGAAAUUAAUGUAGAAGCUCAAAGUAUAGGGUUUAGGGCAUUGGACUCCCCUGGCUUUCGGGACAGGGAAAACGAGGUUUUGGUGAUGGAAUUUGGCAAAGCUGGGGCGGAGGAGAUUGGAGAGUUUAUGCUGUCGGAUUUAAGAGGCUGUGAAGUUAGAUUACUUGGCUGUGUGAGGGCAUUGUUUGUGCACAGGCUGACAAAUUGUAAGGUUUAUGUUGGGCCUGUGACUGGAUCAGUUUUGAUUGAGGAAGUGAAGGGUUGUGCCUUUGUGUUGGCAUCUCAUCAGAUUAGAAUUCAUCAUGCAACAGAGUGCGAUUUUUAUCUCCGGGUGAGGAGUAGGCCUAUAAUUGAGGAUUGCACUGGGGUGAGAUUUGCACCAUACUGUUUGAUGUAUGACGGGAUCGAGAGGGAUCUUGAAAAGGCAAAUCUUGGUGAAGAGUCUGGGAAUUGGGAAAAUGUGGAUGAUUUUCGGUGGUUGAGGGCAGUGCAUUCUCCAAAUUGGUCAGUUUUGCCUGAAAAAGAUAGAAUCAGAAUUGUGGAUAUUUCAAAACUAGAAUAACUACAAUAUGUUUAAAUGGGAAACAGCUGAGUAUGAUGCUAUCUUCAUCUUCUUCAAAUCAUUGGGUGGUGUGGAUCUCCUUCAUGUACUGGAAUUAGUGAAAAGGUAUGUGCUUUCCAUAUCAAUCAUCACCCAUUCUUGACUUCCACCCUCCAAUCAGAUGUGGUAAAGAGAAGAGAACCCACGGCCACUCGAAGGUAUGCGUUGGGUAAACAAGUCUAGGUUGUCUAUAAUUGACUGACUCAAAUCAAGAUGACCAAUAGGCCGGUCACUGUGAUUUACAUCCUCCUAAAUGCUUUGUCAGGGUGUGGGGGCUCUUGGAGUUUCGGGAUUCAACUUUUUGGAUAAAGAAGAUCAGUGGGUUCUCUUGUGUUCAGAUGACAUGUAGUGAUCUCUCCCGUGUGGGAGGUCAUGAGAUCGAGCCUCAGUGAAGGCAUUGUUGACUUCUUGUGCUUGUUGACUUCUUGUGCUUCAUUAGGUUAAGAAAGUAUGUUUGAACAGAUAUUACAAUGUAAUAGAGUCAGAGUCAAUAGCAUUCCAAAAAAGAAAAAAGAUCAGUGAACAAAUGAAUGUGGUUUAAGAGACAUGUCAUUUAUAUUUUUCUAUAAAUAAUUCAUGAAUAUCUAUUUAUUAUUAAAUACGACAAACAUGUACCAAAUGCUGGAUCUAACGCAAUUUAUGAAAUUCGUAGUCUAGUCGUCUAGAAUACUGCUUUUGAAUUGGACGACAAAUUUGCCGAGUUUAGCGGUAGUUUGAUGCUGAUUGACAAAUUUCUCAAAUUAA